AUGGUUUCUGCGAGAGUCGUUUGGGAACCAUGGCUUCUGCUGUUCAUAGGGCUGCCAUACUUGCAGACUGCUGGUGCUGCAGCCUCAAUUAAAUCAGCCGCGAGCACAAUUGCCUAUGACCUCGUUACUUUCUACACCGGCAACAACACAGGCGACACGCCUGGAAAUCUUCCAGAUCCCUACUAUUGGUGGGAGGCCGGCGCAUUUUUUGGAGCGCUUGUGAAUUAUUGGUCCCUCACCGGCGAUACAACAUACAAUGAAAUCACCGUUCAAGCAAUGACACACCAGGCUGGCACUAAAGGUGAUUUUAUGCCCAGCAAUCAGACCUAUACUGAAGGAAACGACGAUCAGUGCUUUUGGGCACUCAGCGCCAUGAUUGCCGCCGAACGAAAUUUCACAAAUCCAUCUUCUUCUUCACCUGGUUGGCUUUCUAUGGUGCAGGCUGUUUUUAAUAAACAGGCUAAUCGGUGGGACAAGGCUAGUUGUGCUGGGGGUUUGCGCUGGCAGAUAUACACCUGGAAUGCUGGGUAUGAUUAUAAGAAUACAAUCGCAAACGGGUGCUUCUUCGAUAUUGCUGCUCGUCUUGCUCGGUAUACGGGUAACGAAACUUAUGCUGAGUGGGCUAAUAAGGCUUGGGAUUGGUCGAGCGGUGUUGGUCUUAUCACCUCAGAUUACCAGGUUUUUGAUGGAACUACCGAAGGUAGUAAUUGUACAUCAUACGACAGGACGCGCUGGUCAUAUACUGCUGGGAUUUAUUUACAUGGCGCGGCUGUUAUGUAUAAUUAUACUUCUUCGAAAUCGGCAAAUUCCUCUUCGGCAUCAACAUGGAAAACGAGAGUCGAUGCACUCCUCUCAAAGACUACCCAUUUUUUCUCAACGAACGAAUCAAGUAAAAAUGUGAUGUAUGAGCCGCCUUGCGAACUGGUAGGCGGUUGCAAUACAGAUCAACUCUCAUUCAAGGCAUACCUUUCUCGAUUCCUGGCUGAUGUCACACAAUUUGCACCUUAUACAUACGAUACUAUCAUGACGAAACUUCGCGUCACUGCAACGGCUGCAGUUAAUCAAUGUCAAGGUGGAGAUUCAGGCACAUAUUGUGGUUUCCGUUGGUCGAGUGGGAGUUACGAUGGGACUACUGGUGUUGGUCAACAAAUGGGCGUCCUUGAGGUUCUCCAGGGUCUUCUUGUUGAUAAAAUAAGUGGUCCGGUUACAUCGACGACUGGCGGAACGAGUGAGGGUGACAGUUCAGCUGGAACUGAUGAUGAUGAGGAUACCGAUAGUCCUAUACAUUACUCUGCUAUUACUCGUGGCGAUACGGCUGGUGCCUCGUUAUUGACGGCUUUGAUUAUUGGAUUGGCUUUUUCUGCGGUUUAUAUGAUGGUCACAUAA